AUGGAUCCUGGAACACUGCCGCCAUUUCCAGAUAUGGGACAACUCGCUGCGGGGUCGGCCUCCAUCCGAUGUGCCUCCAACCCUGAUAUUGUUAUGUUUUGCGAUAAAUGGGGGAGAGUUGUCUUUGCAUUUUGUCUAGCACGCCAUAAGGUCCGAUGCGAUGGAGGUGGCCAACGGGUUCGACGUCACAAGAGCUUCUCGGCCUUCACCACGCACCGCAGGCAGGAGGUUUGCAUCCUUAGCGCUAUCCGAACCGUUGCCAACAUCACCCUCGAUUUGAGAUCUACUCCAUGUUCAGCUCCUUCCUCCCCGCCGUCGGCGCCGCCUGCUGCCUUGAGGCUCAACCUGUUGAGCCUCAAGGCAGCAGGCGACACCGACGGCGGGGAGGAAGGAGCUGAACAUGGAGUAGAUCUCAAAUCGAGGGUGAUGUUGGCAACGGUUCGGAUAGCGCUAAGGAUGCAAACCUCCCGCCUGCGGUGCGUGGUGAAGGCCGAGAAGCUCUUGUGA